GACGGCAAGCAGGUGACCUUCGGAGUGGUACAGAUUUGACCCCCCACCGGUGGAGGAGGAGGCAUGAAGAGCUCCAAAAAGUACAUCAUAGGGGCGUCGGCUCUGCUCAUCAUUCUGGUCGGCUGUGGGCUGGCCGUUGGCAGAGCUUUGAAUGGCGGUGACGAAUCUGCGUACGAUGAAACGCCCAAGUCUAUGCAGCAAAUCCUCUCGGAUAUCCGCAGCUUGAUGGAGGCCAACGCCAUUGCGGCUUACAUCGUACCAUCGGUGGAUGCCCACAGUAGCGAAUAUAUUUCCGCCCAUGAUCGCCGCUUGCAGUACGUGACAAAUUUCACCGGAUCCGCGGGGACGGCCAUCAUCACACUAGAAGCGGCUGCACUGUGGACCGACUCGCGUUACCACCUGCAGGCGGAAGGACAACUGGAUUCGGACUACUGGACCCUGAUGAGGCAGGGUUUGACGGAUGUUCCCACGCAGGACGAUUGGUUGCAGGAAAAUUUGCCCUUGGGAUCACAGGUUGGAGUGGAUCCCUUUCUGAUAACGUCAACGGAGUUUGAACGACUGUCGAGGGUGUUGAGUUCCGGGGGUUUUCGGUUGGUCACCCUGGAGCGGAAUCUGGUGGAUAGUGUGUGGAACAAUCGACCGGCGCAGACUAGCGAAGCGUUGAUUCCGUUGGACAUCAAGUUUUCUGGUAAAAGAGCGUCGGAGAAAAUCGCUGACCUGCGAGAAGAGCUGGAAAAAAAUAAGGCUUCCGCGAUCGUAAUUAACAGUUUGGAUGAAACCGCGUGGCUCUUGAAUCUGCGCGGGUCGGACAUCCAAAACACUCCGGUGUUCUUCUCGUACGCGAUCGUGUCCGGCACCCAAAUCAGCCUGUUCACAAACCCUGACCGCAUCACGGAAGCCAUCGUUGAUCAUUUCCGUUCGGAAGGGAUCACCGUAACGGUUCGGGACUAUGACGACAUUCUAGCCGGUAUCAAAGAGCAGGUAGGAGAACGCGGAAAAAUUAUCAUUGCCACCGCUUGCAACCAGGCGUUCUACGCUCAAAUUCCUGCCGAUCAGAGGAUUCAACUGUACAGUAUUGUGGCAACUAAACGUGCCGUGAAGAAUGCCGUAGAGGCCGAAGGAAUGCGCAAAGCGCACAUUCGAGAUGGCGCUGCGGUCAUUCGCUACCUCCACUGGUUAGAAGAAAAUGUCGAUUCGGAAAAUGUAACCGAAUUGUCUGGAGCAAUGAAAUUGCGAGAAUUCCGUAGCUUACAGGAGAACUACGUCGGGUUGAGCUUCACGGCAAUCAGUGCUUUCGGUACGAAUGCAGCCAUAGUGCACUACAGCCCCACAGAGGAGACGGACACUUUGAUAACGCGGGACAACAUUUACCUCAUCGAUUCGGGCGGGCAGUACUGGGAUGGAACUACGGACGUUACGAGGUCGGUGCACAUGGGGGAGCCUACGGCGUUCCAGAAGGAGGCUUUUACACGUGUACUAAAAGGUUUUCUUAGUCUCGGUUCGACAGUGUUUCCGCCCAAAACCUCGGGGACAUUUUUCGAUGCGAUGGCACGGCGCGCCCUUUGGGACGUAGGUUUGGACUACGGUCACGGCACAGGCCAUGGCAUCGGAAUGUUUCUGGGAGUUCACGAAUAUCCACCCUCGGUGGUAUCCAGCACCUCAUCACCGGGGAACAUUGGACUUCUGGAGAAUAUGUUUACAUCUAACGAACCGGGAUACUAUGAAGCGGAUCAGUUUGGAAUACGACUGGAGGACAUAGUGCAAGUGGUGCCGACUGAAGUUGCCUACGACUUUGCUGGUCGAGGAGCCCUGACUUUCUACAGCAAUACGGUGGUUCCAUUGCAAACUAAACUGAUGGACAUGACGUUAAUGAGUGACCACGAAAUAGAGUUGGUGAAUAAGUAUCACGAACGGGUGAUGAAGGAGGUAGGACCUCUGCUACUAGAGCAGGAGGCUAACGAGGCGUAUAUUUGGCUUGCGAAGCAGACGCAAGCUCUCACGAGGAUGUUAAUAUAAUUAAAAGCUCGACUGGGUUUACACUAAUUUGA